AUGGAAGUGAAUGAAGACAAACUGCAUCAGUUUAAAAAACCUCAUUAUUUCACAAAUGAAGAUGGAAAUGCAGUUGUUUCAAAGACUGAAGAGAAUUUCACACAGAAACAAGCUGGAAAAUCUGGAGUCGAAGGAUCUUUAACCUGUUCUGAGUGUGGUAAGAGUUUCAUAUAUAAAUCAUAUCUGAACACACACAUGAUGAUUCACACUGGAGAAAAGCCUUAUACAUGCACUCAGUGUGGAAAGAGUUUCAAUCGCAAAAACACUCUCAAUGAUCACAUGAGGUUUCACACUGGAGAAAAAACGUUCACAUGCUCUCAGUGUGGAAAGAGUUUCACUCAGAAAGGCUCUCUCAGUGAUCAUCUGCGCCUUCACUCUGGAGUGAGAUCAUUCAGCUGUGAUCAGUCCUCACGUUUGUUCUGUGGAAAGAGUUUUUCACAUCUUGCAUCUUUAAAAGAGCAUGAGCGUAUUCAUACUGGUGUGAGACCUUAUGUGUGCUCUGACUGUGAAAAGACCUGCACUUCAUCCAGCAACUUAAAAUCACACCAGAGAGUUCACACUGGAGAGAAACCGUACAAGUGUUCACACUGUGGAAAGAGUUUCUCUCAGGCAGGACACCUAAAAAAUCAUCAACAUGCAUUGAGAACAUAUUGA